UCUUCCAGCUUCACCAGCCUUCUCCAUAUUUUGAUCUGGGAGAUCCUUACUGUCGCCAUCUGCGCACAGAAUACAACAUCUUGCAUGACCCAUAUCUGCAGGAGUACCACAACCGCAAAGACAACCUGCAGAACCUGAAGAAGAGGGGCCUCAUCACCAAGGAUGGCAAAGUUGUGUGCACUCUGAAAGAGUUCAACGAGUACAGGCAGUACCUGACCAGGCUGAAGCUGGAGCAGGAGAAAAUCAAGAGGCAAAAAGAGGAAAACCUUGGUCAGGAGAUGUCCGGUUCGAAGAAAUCUGCCUACAGACUAAGAAUGGAAGUGGAGAAAUCUUGUCUGCAGUCAGCCACUUCUGUGGACAUGGUUGUGGAGGAGAAAGCCAGUCCACUGCAGCCUCGCAAACCAGCUGGCCCUCCUCCAAGCAGUACUCGUCAGUCUGGUCAAAAUAGAAGGCUGAAAGUGGCUGUGGUUCAGGGAGACCUUCGGGGAGAUUCAAAGAGCACAGGGCGUGCUAUGAAGUUGCCUGCCAAGUUGCCUAAACUUGAGACAAGCAGCAAAGGUGCCAAGCUCCCUGCAAAUAUCCAGGCCGAAACUGCCUCAAGAAGGAAGCCACAGUUCCACAGAGAUCGUGACUUCAGAGCUGUGUCUGAACAGCACAGGGAAGACCAGAGUCUUCAAGAGGCAGUUAAGACAGAAGCGUUGGAGGGGGUGAAGGCGCUGGAUCCAUCUGCCAGUGCCUUAAGGAGGCCCUCCCUCAGCAUCAAACAAGGAUUGUUAGGAAGUGGGAAACCCUUCCCCGGAAUGGAAGCCUCUGACAAAGUGUCUUCGCAGGCUUCCCUUGACAGAGCCACUCGAGAAGCUGCUGGAAGCGUCUGCAACACAUUGCAGUCCUUUGUAGCUUCUCACUCCGAGAGGGAGUUUGAUGCUGAGUAUUCUGAAAUCAUCGAGCUUCCCAACAAGCGCCUCUCACAGAGGCAGCCGCAGCCGGACGGCAGGACGGCAGGACGAGGCUCACCAGAAGAGCAGAGCCUGGCAACAAGCCGGAGAGAAAAGCUGCCCGUGAUCCAACCAAUGCGAAGCACUGUUGACAUCUCUCAUCUGAGUCGCCGCAUUGUAAAGGAGAGCAUUGAAAACGCUGCCUCCAAAGUGAAGGAGGAGGAAGAAUGGCUUCUUAGGCGUGCCAAAAUUCUUGUCACCAAUGCAGUUUUAAGAGCAAAGAAACGUUUAGAGGAUGAGCUGCACCAAAGGUCUUAAGGCUUUGGAACUACUGGACCACCUAAUCCCCUCCAUCCAUCCUGCUCAUGCCUCA